UUUAGAUAUCUUCGUCGCUUUAAGAAAAUUAAUCUCAAGGUAUUAAAAUCAUGGUGCAAGCAGAUUUUAAAAGGCUUAAACUUUUUACAUUCACGCUGUCCUCCUAUAAUUCAUCGAGACUUGAAAUGUGACAAUAUUUUUAUAACGGGAACAACAGGCUCAGUAAAGAUUGGUGAUUUAGGUUUAGCUACUUUAAAAAAUAGGUCAUUUGCUAAAAGUGUUAUUGGUACACCAGAAUUUAUGGCACCAGAAAUGUAUGAAGAACGAUAUGAUGAAUCUGUUGAUGUAUAUGCAUUUGGAAUGUGUAUGUUAGAAAUGGCUACAUCAGAGUAUCCUUAUUCUGAAUGUAGUGGACCAGCUCAAAUAUACAAGAAAGUUAUUAGUGGUGUUCCUCCUCUAAGUUUUAAUAAAGUUGAAAUUCCUGAAAUGAAGGACAUAAUCAGUUUGUGCAUACAACUUGAAAAAGAAAACAGACCUCGAGUAAAAGAGUUGCUUCAACUUGAAUUUUUUCAAGAUGAAGUUGGGAUUAAAGUGGAAUUUGUUAAUCGUGAAGACAGCAUUGCAAGUAAAGCAAUGAAAAUGGAACUGAGACUCAGAGUACUCGAUCCUAAAAAGAGAAAAGAUAAAUAUAAAGAAAAUGAAGCAAUACAAUUUGAUUUUGAUAUUGAAAAUGAUAAUGCAGAAGAAGUUGCAGGAGCCAUGGCUAUGACCGGCAUUCUUAUGGAAGACGAUGUGCGUCUUGUUGCAUUAUUGAUUCGUAUACAAAUAGCUUCUUUGCUGAGAGAGAGACAACAAACAACUCAAGAAUAUGAAAGUAAGCAAACUUCUACAGAUGAAAAGCUACAAAACAAUGAUCAAACUUCACAAUUGCAACCAAAUUCACAAGCAACAGGAAUUGUUCCACAAAAGUCAGCUUACACAUCUGCUGCCAUUAAUAUAAAUCAAACAAAUGAAAGCCUAGAUCCUGUGACAGGAAAUCAUUUGAAUUUAGAAAAUACACCACCUUCACAUUUUCAGUCUUCUCAGGCUUCCGUGGCUGUUGUGUAUACGUCAGUUGGCCAGGUGAUUGGAUCAAGUCAACAGAAUGUUUUUACAUCUAUAAAUCAGCCAAAUUUGACAAAUUUUUCUCAAGGUGGUCAACAAAUACUUUCCACCUCCCAAAUAGCCUUACAAAGUUCUCAUCCUUCCACAGUUGGUCUCCAUUUGGGAUAUCAACAGCAACUUCAAAGUGGACAGGAGCCUUCUCAGUCACUCUCUCUUAUCUUACCUCAGUCAUCUACAAUUUGCUCUGUUCCUGCUCAAGAACAAGGACUUUCCGCUUCCCAGUCAGUUCUCCAUCCUCCUGUAAACCAAGUUUUAGGUUUUUCUCAAUCCACUCUGCCAUAUAGUACUUCAACUUCUUUUCAACUUCCUCACCAAGUAGUGACUGAACAACCUACAGCAGUUUCUCUACAGUCUUCCAUUCCACAACAGAUCGAUAGUAUAGAUAAAAUUGCAGAAGCAUCUUGCUCACAAUACACAAUCCAGUCUCCUCUGCAGAUUGACAACAAAAGUGAACUCCCUAUUACACCAAUUUUAACUAUUCCUACUAGUUUUCAAGGUGCUGGCUUAAUUGAAAAUACCAUUACACAAGAACAGUUUGGUUCACCACAAAAGAGCUGGAUACCUCAAGCUGCAGUUAUACAACAACAGUCUAAUUCCUUAUCAUCUUCUCUUCCAUUUCAAAAUUUGCCUUCUACAACUCUACAGUUUACUCCAUAUCAACAGGUAGGCUCUUCUAAUAAUUUAACACAACAUUUUCUUGCAACGACUCCAAUUUCAUCUAAUCCACCUGCAAAGUUUAUUCCCUUUUCAAGCAUAUCAUCAAGAAUGGAUAAUGCUUCGUUAUCAAUGGAGUGUCAAGAAAAUUUUCAAAAUUCCUGCAAUUCAAAUCCUAAUUGCCCAAUUACUAAUCAGUCUAAUUCUCAUUAUAUUAUAAUGACAGUUCCUUCUAAUGGAAAUCAGCAACCAAUUCAAAAAAGAGCUUGCUCAAUUGGUUGUCCACCCUUCCAAUAUACUUCAAAUUCCUCAUAUUCAAAUUCUCCUGUACAGUUGACCAAUAAUCAUGUUUCAAAUUUUGUUAGAUCACAUUCAUUUUCUCAAGCAUUUACGCCAGUCUCACAUGUUGGUAGAUCAUAUAAUCAUGUUCAAUCACCACUUGCCCUUCAAAAUAAUAGGUCGUUUUCAAACAAUAUUUAUUUAACACAUCCUGAACAGUCUACAUGCAUUCAACCAAAUAGUAGACCUAGUACUCCAUUUCCACCUAUUCAAGUAUUGGUACACGAUCAUGUUCCUAGCAGAAAUUCACCAGUUAAUCUAACACCACCCCCACAGCUUUUAUCUUUUCCUCAACCUCCCCAAAGUCCAAAUGUUAUUAGACCAGUAACCCGAGUUGCUUCUCCACUAACAUUACCUAUUGGAUCAUCUCCACCUUCCCCUCUUCCAACUCCUCCCCAUACACCAGAUUAUUCAACAAGUUCAAAAGAAAAUUUUACAUAUUCAAAUAUAGCCCGAGCAGCUAGUCCUUAUCCUUCUUCUAAUGGAAGAAUUCACAUUUCUAGAUCUUCUACAUCAACUCCAUGUUCUCCAGUCUAUACUUGUAUACAGCCAUCAUUUCAUUUACAAUCCAAAAGAGAUCUCUGUAGAUCCACUUCUGUAAUUGCAGUUCCUACUCAUUCACAAUCUUCCAAAUAUUUGUUAUCUCAAAAUUCUGCUUCAACUCCAUCUUCUCCAGUUUCUUCAUCUUUCCUUUCAUCUUUUCCUACACAACAAUCAAAUGUAUCUCAACAGGAAGACCAAACAGACAUUAAACAUUAUGAGUUAUCCAAUUACCCAAAUAAUAAUCUUCAAGUAGAGUAUGGAUUUACUCCUCUACAAAUUCCUUCAAGUUCUGCCAAUAGUUUUAACUCUAUGUCAAAUAAUCUUGUGUUUAUUCCUUUGGAAAAUAUUUCUUGUUCACAAGAAUUGAAUGCUAUAAGCAAACCUGCUAUGACUAUCUCCUCAAUGUGCCUUAGUCAACAAGACAAAAUUGGACCAAUGGAGCACACUCCCAACUCACAAAUUCCCCAAACGUGGGUUCCUCUGACGUCUCUUGCUAUGCCUACACAAUUUGUUCCUGUUUCUAUGGCUAAAACUGACAAUGCCCAAAGUAUGAACGAAGUUGAUAAACCGAAUCCAGUUUAUUUGAGUCCUCAGAGGUCUUUGCCUUCCAUAAAGCUACAAUCCUCGUUUCUUCAUCCAAAAAAUCAGGAUAUUUCUAAUACUCAAAUGCAGACUACUAUGCAGAAUCUUCAAGUGCAACAAAUGGAUGAAAAUAAGCUAGACAGUAAUAUUUUAAGCUCAGAUUCAGCUUGUGAACAAGCAGAAUCAUCAGAAAUUUCUAAAGAAAGGGCUGCUAAAGCUGAAAGAAGAAAAGGUAAACGGAGACGAACGCAAGAUCGGAUGUUGAGAUUAACUGUACUCAAUGUAAAAGAUGGAACCAUAGUUGAAUGUGAAUUAGAAUCUACCAGAGGAAAAACCGUUACUUUCAAAUUUGAUAUAACUGAUAUUGUUCCUGCAGAUGUAGCUAAUAAUUUGGUGGUUACUAAUCUAAUGACAGAACAUCAUUCAGAAGCAUUUAUAGAAUUAAUAAAUGACAUUGUACAGCAGCUGAAGGAGAAUCCAGAUAAAAUACCCGUUAUUCAAUAUCAAGAUCCUUCUAAUACAUCGAGUCCAGUAGUACAACGCAGACAAACUGGACAUGAAAUUCUUGACAGGAAAUUAAGUCUCGAGAGUCAAGAUAGCACUCCAUCAACACCUAAAUAUUCCGAGAAAGAAACUGAAAGUUCAUUUGCAAAUCAAACACUGGCUGCUACGGCACAAGUUAAACCAAACAGCGAACCAACUCCAGCUUUGGUUCAAAAUCAACCUCAAGUUAGUGAGCCUCAACAUACCGUUCCAAUGAAGAUUGCCCAAUCUCCUUCCCCUAUAUCUCAAGCCCAGGGCAUGCGAAGUGCCCUGAGGAAGAAAUCAGCUCGUUGGAAAAAAUUUAUAACUUUUACUCAUUAUGUUUGUUGUUGUGAACUUCCACACAUGCUGCUACCUGGAUUUUUAUCACAGGUUAGUUCAUUUUUUAUCUGUAUGGCUUCCACAGCAAUUUGUGGUGAUAGAGCACAUGAUAAAUUUUUUAAUCAUAUGCAUAUUGAAUUUUAAAUGCUAUGCAUUUAG